AUGUUUUAUUUCAGUUCCCCUCUUCGAAUUGACCUGACAACAAUUUUGGUAAGUUCUGUUUUUAAUGUAUUCUUUUAUAUUUUUAUUUUUUCCAUUGUUUUAUUUUACUUUGUUUUUGUUUUUUUUUUUCUUUUUCUUUUUUUCGUCUUUCUGUCUUCAGGUGAAUGUAAAUCAUUAAUGAAAUUUUGUUCUUUUUUACUUGCAGAGUGACUCAAUGCCUAUCCUUGCCUCAUUUUUGCGCAAAAACCAAAGAGCACUCAAGUUGUCAACUUUGACAACUUUAAAUGUUUUGGUUACUAACUACGGUAGGUUUCCUGCCCGAAUUUUACAGGAUAUAUUUGUCGACUGAUCGCCAAGCGUGUUUGUUUGGUUUAAAGGGGUAUUUAGUAUCAGUGUGGCAUAUGUUGGGGUUUAUUUCCUUUAGUUUUAAAGUCUUCAUCAUACAUUUCCAUACCUAAAAACAAAUAAAAAGUAAAUUAAAAUUUAAACCAAGGAUCUUUCACUGCCAAAUUUAGCCAAAAGCAAAUUUCGACCAAAUUUCAUUUGUGAAAUUUUGAAAGACAAAUAAUACAAUGUGAAAGCACUACUGAAGAGGUUCAUUUGAAGGGUCACAUCAUAGGAUUUUAUCCACAAUGUCAAAAGUAAGAACAACAUACCAAAUAAAUAGUACCAUGUGAAAGUACUGCUGAAGAGGUUUCAUUUGAAUGGUAACACCAUAGGAUUUCAUCUGCAGACCCUAAAGUUAGAACUACAUACUAAAUAAAUUGUACCAUGUGAAAGUACUGCUGAAGAGGUUUCAUUUGAAUGGUUACAUCAUAGGGUUUCAUCCACAGACACAAGAGUUAGAGUCACCUUAGAAAACUUCAUCAAGCACUCUGGCAGUGAAAGGGUUAAUCCACAACAUUUACAUUUUACUGUCGAUCACUUGAAUGUGGAACCGGCAUUUUUCGUUGUCAGCGAUCUUAGGGAGUAAACCAAGGAGUGUCUGAUUGAAGUAGAUCAAACAGCAAAAUGGCAGAGAAUUGAACCACUUUAAACACAAAAGUCCCUUCUCUCGGUUUUGAUAAUUAAGUGUAAUUCAUGUAUGAUUUUAUUGUCCAGCAAGAUAGUUGAUAUGACUCGUGUGCUUUCUAUUUUACAUAGGAAAUUUACUGACACAGGAGAAUAUAGCUGGAGUACUAACAGAGGUCCCUCCCCUCAUUAGUGAAAGUGACCUUCACAUCUCACAGGUUCGUAGGGCACUAGUCAGGCCUUUGCAACCGCUCGGGCCUGGAGUCACGCUAUAGAGAGCUUUAGAUUCUAAGACGAGCACGACUACGAAUACGAGAUUUUCUCAGUACUAAGCAGUGCUCGCGUGAACCAGCGUCAAUUUUGGCGCGAAAACUUGGUAGCCGUCGUCAUUCUACUACGAGUCUUAGCGAGAAUGUCGUAGUGGGGGAAACAAGAUAUCAAGUGUAAGAAGUUGUAACAUCUUGCGAUCAGGAGUGAGCGUAACCUCCUUCACUAAAGAUAACAGUGCCAGCCUUUCUAGUGAAAAAUGGUAAAAUGAAGCUUUCUGGGGAGUCUAUAUUUUGAGAAUGCGCGAAAAAAACUUUAUCUCGUCAAAUCGUCUCGUCAUCGAAUCUAAAGUAAUGUCGUGACUCUGUCAUCGAAUCUAACAUGGUCCCGGAGUAAAUCCUUCCCAUCUUAGGGCUAUCACUUAAAGCUGGGGUCGGGGAUUUCCCUCCGUGACUAUGAGCAUCACCCCUGGCUUUUUUCAUUGGAAAAAAACGGGAAACAGAACCAUUCGCCGCCUACUAAAUGCAUAUAGUCAGCAACUUUACGUAAGUGUACUUGAACUCUUUCACAAGAUCUUAGGGACAAGCCAUCUUCGAGGAUUAACUGUCUUAAGGUCUGUUUACAUGGAGGUAGGGACCCAAGGUUGGUGAGGUAACCGGCCCAGGUGGGGUAACUCGCCUGUCCAUAUAAUCUCUCAUUUAAAUUUGAUCACGUUUACAUGAUAAGUGGGGUGACCCGCCGCGGGUUACUUCACCUACCUGGGGUCCCCCACCUCCAUCUAAACAGGGCCUUAAUUAAAUAGUGUGGUAUGGAUUUCUUGGUUGGUUGAGCUCUAUAAAAAAAUAAGGUAAAGAGUUAUUAAGAAUAUCUGGAGAACUAAACAGGUUAAGUGGAUACAAGCAGUAUUAAGAUAAAAAUUCAUCUUAGUGGGUAAUAUAUUUGUACACCAAGGAUAAAGGUAAAAGUAUAUACGUAUAUAUAACUUAUUAAGAAAGUUGAAUUGUCUUAAUAGUUUUGAAUGACAUUUGUUAAACUUUAUACGCGACUUAAUUGGAGAAAGUUUGUUAAGUGCUCCCAAGAUGCUUUAUAGGUGCUCUCAAAGGCGUGGACUCACAGUCAUUAAUCUUCUUUUUUUCUUAUUUUUCAGCUAUCGCUUACAUUGUUAACUUCCGUCGCCAAGAUCCACAAGGACACCAUGGCACAGGUGCGGUGGAACAAUUGU